AAAAGUCCUUAGCAUAUGUUUGGAAUGACAGCUCUCUGAUUUUUGGUCAGUUUUGUAAAAAUGGCUGGUGCACUAGCGCGAGUUAUUCAGGGAACGAAGGCUCACCUGGGUGUAGUUGGGCCGCUGGUGAGCGUCAACAAUGUGCCCGUGCGGUUCCAGCAGACGCAGGCUCCGCCACAAAAGGCGAAAUAUGGGCCUUUGGCGGAUGCCGACAGGGUUUUUACUAACUUGUACGGCCGACACGAUUGGCGGUUGAAGGGCGCCCUGAGUCGCGGCGAUUGGUACUUGACUAAAGAAAUCAUCUUAAAGGGCACUGACUGGAUUGUCAAUGAAAUGAAGACCUCAGGUCUCCGUGGCCGCGGAGGCGCUGGUUUCCCCACUGGUAUGAAAUGGUCCUUCAUGAAUAAACCCUCCGACGGCCGCCCCAAAUACCUGGUAGUGAACGCUGACGAGGGUGAGCCGGGCACAUGCAAGGACCGUGAGAUCAUGCGUCACGACCCGCACAAGCUGGUCGAGGGUUGCCUGAUCGCUGGGGCUUGUAUGGGUGCACAGGCUGCCUAUAUUUAUAUCAGAGGAGAGUUUUACAAUGAGGCUAGCAACCUGCAGGUGGCUAUUGCUGACGCCUAUCAAGCCGGUCUCAUCGGCAAGAACGCCUGCGGCUCCGGCUACGACUUCGACGUAUUCGUCCAGCGCGGCGCCGGCGCCUACAUCUGCGGUGAAGAGACCGCGCUCAUCGAGUCCAUUGAGGGCAAGCAGGGCAAGCCGAGGCUGAAGCCCCCGUUCCCUGCUGAUGUUGGGCUCUUUGGUUGUCCAACUACGGUCAAUAAUGUGGAGACUAUCGCUGUUGCACCAACAAUCCUCCGCCGCGGCGGCUCCUGGUUCGCCUCCUUCGGCCGCCAGCGUAACUCCGGCACCAAGCUGUUCAACAUCUCCGGACACGUCAACACUCCCUGCACCGUCGAGGAGGAGAUGAGCAUCCCUCUGAGAGAGCUGCUUGAGAGACAUGCCGGAGGCAUUGUUGGAGGCUGGGAUAAUCUGUUGGCAGUUAUCCCUGGAGGGUCUUCUACACCGCUGAUUCCUAAAGAUGUAUGCGAGACAGUUCUAAUGGACUUCGACGGCCUAGUAGCGGCCCAGACCUCCCUUGGCACGGCGGCCAUCAUCGUGAUGAACAAACAGACCGACAUAGUGAAGGCCAUCGCUCGCCUGCUCAUGUUCUACGCGCACGAGUCCUGCGGACAGUGCACCCCGUGCCGCGAGGGGGUGGGGUGGAUGAAGAAGAUCAUAUACAGAUUCGUUGACGGCAACGCUUCCCCGAAAGAAAUCGACAUGCUGUGGGAGCUUUCCAAACAGAUUGAAGGGCACACGAUCUGCGCCCUGGCGGACGGCGCGGCGUGGCCCGUGCAGGGGCUCGUCCGCCACUUCCGGCCCGAGCUGGAGCGCCGCAUGGCCGAGCACGCCGCCCUGCACGGGCCCAGCAAGGCCGAGCGCUGCUACUAGACAUCCAGACAGG